CUGACUCAUUUUUCUAAUCCACAGUUACUUUGAGGAACAACGAUCACUCUCCAUGUUUCCAGUCGCUUACUCUCUCCAGUCUUUCAAGAAGCAUCUGUAGGGGAAUCUUUUAACAUCACCUUAUUCUUUAUUUUAGUAUUUACCAGUGAAACAGCACUGAAUAAGUAACUUUAGGUUGUAAUGAACUAUACAUAAAAUAUGUUUAUAUAUUUGCAGAGGAAAAAUGGAAUGUAUUAAUUAUUCAGACAUUUCAAGAAAGUCUUCUCUUAAAUCACAUGAGAGAUCUCAAGGGGAAAAAUAAUAAUAGUGUUUCUUAAAAUGUUAAAGCAAAAAUGUUGAUAACCGAGAUCAGUUUGAUAUAUUUUAUCAAUAAAGUGUGGGAAAUCAUGUAUCCAUAUGUAAAUAAUUGUGAAAGACACAUGAGAGUUUAUAUUAGAGAUACUUAUACCACAUCAGUGCUCACUGUUUUUAUUACAUUUAUGAGAUGAGUGCUAAACCUUUAGCAGGGCAUGGAAAGUAAUCAAAUUCAAUCCAAGGAAAGGGAGGUCAGGUCCAGUUCCUUGGAUCAUCAAGAGCCCCUCACGAACAUCAGUGAACCUCCCUUAAAGGGAUAUCAGUGUUCAGAGUGUCUAAAAUCUUUUAGUAGUAAAAGUCAUCUUGUAAGACAUGAAAAAAUUCAUACAGGAGAGAAACCUUAUCAGUGUUCAGAAUGUAUUAAAUGUUUUAGCAAUAGAAGUGAUCUUAAAAGACACAUAAGAGUUCAUAAGGGAGAAAAACCUUAUCAGUGUUCAGAGUGUUUGAAGCAUUUUAGCCAAAAAUGUCAUCUUGUUGAGCACAAGAAAACUCAUACAGGAGAGAAGCCUUAUCAGUGUUCGGAAUGUUUGAAAUGUUUUAGUUACAAAUGUGAUCUUGUAAAUCAUGAGAGACUUCAUACAGGCAAUAAACCAUAUCAUUGUUCAGAGUGUCUGAAACGUUUUAGUAGGAAAUGUUAUCUUGAGAGACAUACAAGACUUCAUACAGGAGAUAAACCAUAUCAGUGUUCAUUAUGUCUAAAAUGUUUUAGUGAAAAAAGUUAUCUUUUACGACAUGAGGAAACUCAUAAAAUAGAGAAGCUUUAUCAGUGUUCAGAAUGUUUGAAAUGUUUCACAACCAAAAGUUGUCUUCAUGGACACAUGAAAAUUCAUACAGGAGAGAAGCCUUAUCAGUGUUCAGAAUGUUUGAAAUGGUUUAAUGCUAAAAGGGUUCUUGAAAGACACUUGAGAGUUCAUACAGGAGAGAAGCCGUAUCAAUGUUCUGAGUGUAUGAAAUGUUUUAACAGAAAAGGCAAUCUUGCACAACAUGAACUAGUUCAUACAGGAAGGAGACCAUAUCAGUGUUCAGAGUGUCUGAAAGGUUUCAGCAGAAAAAUUGAUCUUGUAGGUCACACAAAAAUUCAUGCAAUAAAGAAAGACUUACCAGUGUUCAGUGUGUUUGAAAUGUUUCACCAAAAACAGUUGUCUUGAAAGACAUACAAGAGUUCAUACUGGAGAGAAAUCUUAUCAAUGUUCAGU